AUGACCACGGAGGCUUCGGCACCAUAUUGCCGCAAAUAUGCCUUCCCUGGCGGGGUCCGAGACUACAAGUGCGCCCCGACUCCUGUGGCAGCAAUUCAGAGUGUCGAAUACACCUACAGCGAUCAGACGGACCGCCAGUUCGAGACACAAACCCUCUCAACGGACCCUGAAAGCACUACUCGCGACACCACGACCGCAUCUCCAUCGCAAACCUCUGAUCGAUCCACGCCCACGUCGACGUCAAGCUCAGACCCGACCACCUCCGCCCCAGUCCCAGAGAAGCGAAACAGCACGCCCGUCGGCGAAAUCGUCGGCGGAACAGUGGGCGGCGUCGCCGUCAUUGUCCUCCUCGUCCUCGGCGUCUUCCUCGUGCGCCGCCGCUCCUCGUCAAAGACUGACGCUGCGCCGGCAUCAGCAGCAGCAGCAGACCACGGCCCCACGUCGCCCAUGCAGCAGUACCAGCAGCAGGGCUAUCCCAGCUCACCACCCCAGGGUGACGGCUACGCCGGGGCCGAGACCAAGAGCGGAUUCGUCUCUCCGGUGCUCUCAGGGUAUGCAGCGCCUGUAUCGCCUGGGUACGAGGGCCACCAGGGGCUUCAGCAGCAACAGGACAUCAAUCAAAUGAGCCAGCCGUAUGCGGCCGCAGGGCCAGGCGGUACCCAGCAGUCUGUCGUGUACGAGAUGGGGUUGGAGGGGGGCCAUCACAAGGGGCAGUUGCAUGAGUUGCACUAG